GUCGCUUCACAGUUGGCCUGCAGCAUCUCUGCCAGGACAAAAGCUGAGCAAAGCUGUUUUCAGGUGGCUGGGACUGGACCGCAGAUGUGACCUGGAGUAUUGAUGGAGUAGCAGCCACAGGUCCAGUUAAAGGAUGUGGCUGCUGCUCGCUGCUUUGGGCCAGUGGCCUGAUGGUGGAGCUCUUGCUCUGUAAAUCAGCUUCUGCCGCUCAGCUCUGUGGUAUUCAGGUUCGGUUACAAAAGGAACAUGGAAACUUAGUGUAAAAUUUAUUCCAGGGCCUAAGAAAUUGUACAGAUUUUCCAUAGCAUUUUGUUGAUGAAAAAAGGAAGUCUGAAAAAAGCUGCUGAGCAGCCAUUGAGUUCAGCAGAAAAAUGUUUGUAUUGUACAGGUUAAAACCCAAAUUUCUCCCUGUAGUAACACUAAUCCAUCAUUUUAUAGAAAUAAUCUUGGUGUUUUCCUAGCAGUUUGAGAGCAGGUAGUAGAAAUUGUCUGAGACUUCUUCCCAUUACUCUUGAACUUUGUAAUGUUGUAUAUACAGUUGAAAUAGAAAAAAAAAAAUCUGUUAUCUCAAUGUGUGGCUUAGCUACAGGGAAGAUGUAAGAAAGUUAGUAAAACAAGUUUUAGUAAUCUCAAUUAAGUUAGGUUUUGAAACUUUGAGGGGUUUAGUGGUUAGUGAUAUUGUAAUGCCUCACUGCAAGUGAGUUUUUGAAAAAGCUGGAUGACUUAAGCAGUUUUCUUCUUGUUCUGUAGCACUUCAGCUAGGAUGGCAGCUUCAGUAAAAAGCAUCAGAAAGCAAAACCUUUGUGUAGAGGAGUGCUGAGGGCAGAAGAGGUUUGUACACCUUUGAGCCUGGAUGGCAUUGAUGGGCUGACCACUGCCCAGCCUGUGGGCCUUGCAUAAGUUGUCGGUGCCCGAGCCAUGGCCACACUUAUUCCCAAGUUCCUGAACAGCCCAACCUGGGAAAUACAGACUAUGCAUUUGAGAUGGCCAUUUCAAACAUCCGAUAUGGAGAAGGAGUUACAAAAGAGAUUGGCAUGGACCUGCAGAAUCUUGGUGCUAGAAGAGUUUGUUUGAUGACAGAUAAAAACCUCUCCAAACUCCCUCCUGUAAAUGCAGUAUUGAAUUCCUUGGCAAAAUAUGGUAUAAACUUUCAAAUGUAUGAUAAUGUCCGUGUGGAACCAACAGACCAAAGUUUCCUGGAUGCCAUUCAAUUUGCUAAAAAGGGAGAAUUUGAUGCCUAUGUUGCUGUUGGAGGUGGGUCUGUAAUAGACACCUGUAAAGCUGCCAAUCUGUAUGCAGCCAGCCCUUCAUCAGAAUUCCUGGAUUAUGUCAAUGCUCCUAUUGGGAAAGGGAAGCCAGUCACUGUACCCCUCAAACCCCUUAUUGCAGUUCCUACAACAUCUGGCACUGGAAGUGAAACCACUGGUGUUGCCAUUUUUGACUUCAAAGAACUAAAAGUUAAAACCGGUAUUGCUUCAAGAGCCAUUAAGCCAACGUUAGGCAUCAUUGAUCCUUUACACACACUGUCUAUGCCCGAACGAAUAGUGGCCAACAGUGGCUUUGAUGUGCUUUGUCAUGCCCUGGAAUCCUACACUGCUCUCCCUUACAACCAGCGCUGUCCCUGCCCCUCCAAUCCCAUCAACCGCCCAGCCUACCAAGGCAGCAACCCCGUCAGCGAUGUCUGGGCUCUGCACGCUCUGCGCAUUGUCGCCAAGUACCUGAAAAGAGCCAUCAGAAACCCUGAAGACCAUGAAGCAAGAGCAAACAUGCACCUGGCAAGUGCUUUUGCUGGUAUUGGCUUUGGCAAUGCUGGUGUUCAUCUCUGCCAUGGAAUGUCUUACCCUAUUUCUGGCUUGGUGAAAACUUACAAACCAAAGGAUUAUAAUGUGGAUCACUCUUUAGUGCCACAUGGCCUUUCUGUGGUGCUGACAUCCCCAGCAGUGUUUGCUUUCACAGCACAGAUACACCCUGAACGGCAUUUAGAAGCUGCAGAGAUUCUAGGAGCUGACAUCCGCACUGCCAGAAUCAAAGAUGCAGGGCUUAUUUUGGCAGACACACUCCGGAAAUUCCUAUUUGAUCUGAAUGUUGAUGAUGGCUUAGCUGCAAUUGGUUAUUCCAAAGCAGACAUCCCUGCAUUAGUCAAAGGCACUCUGCCUCAGGAGAGAGUGACUAAACUAUCACCACGUCCCCAAACAGAAGAAGACUUAUCUGCUCUCUUUGAGGCUUCCAUGAAACUUUAUUAGCUUAAACAUGUUCUGUAAAGUGUGGUCUAUUCUAACACAGAGGUAGUUUCUCAUAGAUAGACGACUGAACUUGUUUAGAGCAUGGAAGAAUUUGGGUAACUUUGACUUCUAUUCCAUUGCACCCUGCCAAAAGGUCAUGUAAUUCAUCUUUAACUAAACAGUGCUCUGAAGUGA